AUGAUAUACGACCAGAAUGGAGCAGAAUUCCAGGAUGACGGCCUGCUCGUGGUUAAGAAAACCAUCACGGCUGAAGCCUUCCGCCGAGAGCUCCGUCGAAAGAAGCAACUUCAAUAUAGGAAGAAAAAGCAUGCCUACGUCGUCAACCUUGACAAAGGGAAUCAGGCGCUACGGCGAGAAGUUGCUGCGCUGAAACAACGUCACUCUUCGUUGUUGAUACCAGCUCCAUCGCUCUGGUCGACGGCAACUCUGUAUUUUAAUUUCCUACGAGAUAGCCUGUACAGUCCGGCGGAAGCAACAACGCAACCAGUGAGCACUUUCCUCAAUGACCAUAUGAACAUUGACGACGCGCUUAAAUCAGCAAGCGUAGUGUUCAACAGUGAUUACGGAUUCAAAGCGAUGAUCCAAAGCUUGAAUCGAAUUUCGCAUUCGUUCGGUCGUCCAGCAUUUGAGCUCAAGCGCUGUGAAGAGAUCUCGAGUAACUCGCUCGAAGCCACCUCAACGAUCAGUCUCACUAUUACAGGAAAAACUUUGAGCGAUGUGUUCCCACACCUCUUCCCAAUGAGAGCGUAUAUUUGUCGCUCAGGACCAAACUUCUCCAGCAACGAAUCAUCGUGUAUAUCCGACUUCAUGAGCCCGAUGUUGGGUCUGCUAGGCUCCUUGGAAGACGUUCGCCGUGUGUCUGAGAGGGCCCAGAUUUCACCGGAUCUCCAGUGGAAAUCGAGCACGAUCAGUGAGUAA